GUAUGAGAUAAAGUAAAAUUGAAAACUUCCUGUUGGCAGCAUCUGACCUAUUGCACAUUUUAUAAACAGUGUGUGAACAGUUUUCAAAGUCUUGUGGUUGAAUUAUAUUUCUGUGUUGAAUCCAGCAUACUCAGUGCUGUUAUUCAUGUCAGUGGAAUAUUUUGUGAGUUGAAAUUGAAGGAUAUGCUGUACAGUGACUGAAGCAGACAUACAAGCUCAGAAUAUUAAGACGGGGGAAGUGUCAGCUAACAUGCAUGUAUGACAUCAUAAUGGGAGGCCUCAGCUGUGUGGCAGGUAAACCUGAGCCAGAGCAGGUUGAGGCAGAGCCUGUGAAACGUGUUGCAACAGUUGAGAGGCGUGAAUCUCAGAGACCCUGGAACAGACACAGCCUGCAAGUGUAUUGCGGAGAACCUCGAAAAAACUCUGGGACUUGUGAAGACAAGCCACCCGAUGAUGGUGAAAAGACUAAACCAGAGCCCACUAACACUGACAAUGAACAAAAUCAUGUAACCGAAUCAGAUACUGUAGAUGUAAAACCUGCAUUAGCCCAUGGUGUCAGUUCUGCUGAAGACAUUUUGGAUCUGUCUGACAAUGAUGAUACAGAGAAUGAAUCCAAAGAUUCUGUACCAGAUAUUCUCAUUGAAAGUGCCAUCCAGCAUGUAAAAUUCUAUCCACCACCCCAUAUUGCACCAUUUGAUCCUACAGAAGCAGUGAAAAAAAGACCAAGAAGUUUAGAUUCUGCAGAGAGUCAGAUGACUAGAAAGUCAAGACCUUUGAGUUACAGUCCUGGAUUGUUAAAGACAAAACACCCUCGUAGUUUACACAGUAUUACAGAGGCUGUGGAUAAAUCACCUCGGAAACGACCGCAGAGUAUGGAUAUGGCAAACUUUUUUGAAGCUAAAGGAUUUGAUAUUCAUACGCAAAAAUUGCGUAGAGUUUUAACUCAGAAAGUAAAAGAGAAGAUAAAAGAAGAUUUACAAAAUAACAAAUGUACCAUACAGCCAGGUCAGGUGAAAUAUUUAGAGGAGAGACCUAGCAGAUGUUUUCAACCAAGUCAAAUGGAAUCACGAAAGAAGAAAAACAGAGAUCUCAAAAUAAAGGAGAUUGGAUAUUUGAAGAAAGCUUUAACAAGGCCUCGUAUGAAAUUUUCCAAAUCCAUUGAAAUAUUUGUGCAGCACAGUGAACAGUAUAUGCAGUAUGAUCCUCUGUUAGAUACACGGGCAGCUCAACCCAGCAACCCCUGGAUCUCCGAGGACGAGAUGAUGUGGGAUAUCAACGGAGACUUAGUUGAAGUACCAACUAUAAAUCGUAUAAAGAAGUGGGCGGUAAGCUUUGAAGAUCUGUUACAUGAUGAGAAAGGGCUAAAUGCAUUUGAGCAGUUCUUGAAGAAAGAAUACAGCCAGGAGAACAUAAACUUCUAUAAGGCGUGCAAGGAGCUGGUUACCUGUCCUAAUGCAAGAGUCAGCUUAAUGAAAGCUAAAAUAGAGAAGGACUUUUUAACUGCUGGUGCAGCCCAUGAGGUGAAUGUAGAUGGUAAAACUCUGGAGAUGGUCACCGCACAGUUAAAGGAAGAUAAAGAUGUGACUGGCAAAACCAGAUACAUAUUCCAGCCAGCCAUGGAUCAUGUAUAUGCAUUGAUGAAGAAAGACAGUUAUACCCGCUUUCUCAGAUCUGAACAAUACAAGCAGCUGCUGGAGAAAUCACAGACUCACUACACGAAGAAAAAGUUUUUCAACUUUGGUAGUAACCGUAAAAAGACACCAAGCCCUCUUGUCCGCCGUAGAGGAAGUGCUUCCAGUGACGGGGCAGGAGAUAAUGAUAUAGGGGGACCCUCGUACCAUUCAUAUAGUACUGGAAACCUUCGAGAACUGGACGAAAAACCAAAAAGAUCUGUCAGAACCUCCUAUGUGGGAUCUGAUAGCAGCAUAUAUAUGGGGACUUAUGACGGGCAGUCCAACUCCCCAUCUGUACGGAGACGCACAGAAAACAUGGAUGCUGACACCAAAAUCACUGCGAGUAAUGACCCCCGUCGUCGUAGCAACCUUGAGGUUCCAAGGUCAUAUCAAGGGGUAAAUUCAGAAGGGAACCGCAAGUCAGAAUCUGUGUCGCCAUGUCUAGCCAUCAGUGUUCCUAGAACGAAUAUAGUUACACCAUGGGAGGGCGAAUCCUAAUCUAGCGAUGGUCUAACUUUGAUAAACUUACUUUCAGUUUAUUUUCACUUUCUUAUAAUUAACAAAUUUCUAGAAAAGUCGAAAUAUUCAAAGUGAUAGGGAGAUGUUGACAUAUAUUCACAAAAUGUCUAGAAAAGUUAUAUGCAUUCACAAACGUGUGGAAAAAUGUUCAAUGAAAGAGCAUUUCAGAUAUCAGUAUGCAUUGUUAUGUAAAAUUAUUGUAUAUCAGAUGCACCAUUUCUAUAUCAUUCCAUGACUAUUAUAUGUAUUGUACUUGUUCUCUGUUAAACAAUUUGUUAUAUCUAUUUUUACCCCACUGUUUUCAUACUGUUGUUUUGAUCUGUGAAGUAAAACACGUGUCCUGUGACAGUUCCGUUACAUUUAACUUUCGGGAUAGUGAAUUUAGCAUAUUGCUUGCAUCAUCAUGCCAAGAGUUUUGAGAAUUCUGUAGCACAACAGUAGCAUCUUCUCGUAAAAAUGUUUUCUAAAAUAUAUUAUGAAAGGUUAAGCUUUGGUGAAAAGUUUAGUCAGGGAUCAGGUUACUUUAAAAAUGACCAGUUUAGGAUGGAGGCAAGAAGUUAUGCAAGUUAAUUCACAAUCAAACACUCCAAAAUCAUGUGUUAGCAGGUAAAGGAAUGACAUUGGAUAUAGUGCCAAGAACCCCUUCUCAGUUGGACAUAAAAGUUCAAAGAGAACUUCUUAUGGCAAGACUUAACCCUAAAUGUGCAGAGUUUUAUUGAUCUUUGUGUCCAAUGAAGACCUUACUAAAUAACUGACUUAAUAACAAUGUACAUAAUAUAUUAUAGGUCCAGGGUCAGGGUCUACACCGGUUGCAAGAUUUGAAUAUGCCCGUGCAUAGCAUUUUCAAAAGCGACCUGUCAGACGAGUGCAGGCAAGGUGCUUUAAUUGCUGCCCAUGUUACUGUGACAUGGUCGUUCUUUAACAAUAUAUUAAAACUUUCACCACAGAAACGAGCAAUAUAAUGAGCAUGGCUCAUUUCUAAGUUACUGUUGUUGGACACAUUAUGCCCUACCUCUUGGACAUAGAAAUUUAAACGGUUUUUAGCUUUUUGUAAGAAAAACAACAGCUUCUUAAACCACUCUCAGAAAUCUCCUGUAUUUGAAAAGAACUUAAUUUUGCAAAAGUUAUAAAGAAAUGUUUACGUCAAUUUUAAGAUAAGGAGUUUAUCAGUAACAAGUUUUUUGAUGCUAUUUAAUUUAGUUCGAUCUUACAAAAUCUCUGUACUAAGAAAUGUUCAAAAACGAA